UGUUGCAAAAGAGAUGUAUUGUAAUAACCUUAUACAAAAAAAGAAAUGCUUUGCCCAAUAAUAGUAUUAUUAUUUUUCGCAAUAUUUAGUGUUACAGCAUCGAUAGCAGGGUUAUCAUAUGGAGGAUCCGUAUAUAAAUCUUUUAAAGAAAUAAAAUGCACAGUUUUGUCUACUUUAGAUGAUUUAAAUCUCAAAAAUAUAGUUACUAAGGAUGAUUCUUCAACAGCAGUAUUUAUUGGUUUAUAAUAAAUUGAAUAAAAAGUUAAAUUUAUAUCUAAUAAAAUAUUGGAUUUUAAAAAUAAUAUGUCUAAUCUUGCUAAUACCAAUGCUUUAGAUUAAAUUAACAAUCUGCAAACUUAAAUAGGCAAUUUUUUGGAUAAUAUUUAUGUUGGUGCCGCGAUUAAUUAAUCAUACAAUGCGUACUAUACAGUACCUUAUCUUGUAAAUAAUAGGCCUUCACCUUCAUUAUAUUUUAGUGAUGUUGCUUAUAAGGACGGAGCUGUGUAAAUUCUUAAAACAACAAAUAGUGAAUCUUUCGAUAUUUUAUUAAAAGUAAUGAGCAUUGUAAAAGAAAAAGCAUAAUAAAUUUUUAAUGAUUAAACUUUAACAAAUUCAAUAUAAUAAGGUCAAAAUAGUAUAGGUAGUUUUAGUAAAACUUUGAAUAAUCAAAUAAAGUUUAUAAAUGAUAAUCUUUCAAUAGCAGACAAUAUAUUUGACAUGAUAAAUAAAGCUUUGACAAGUCUAUACAGUUUAUUUAUUGUCUUUUCUUUAGCUUCCGUAAUACUGUCAGCUCUUGGAUUUAUAAAAAAAAUUUGGAAAUUAAGGCUUAUACUUAAUUUCUUAUGGAUAGCUCUUGCUUUGAUAACUGCUUUAGCUUUCCUUGUAGUAACAUUACUAAAUUUAGUGUCAAUAUUAACAAUGGAAUCAUGUAUCUAUGUUGAAGGAAUAUUAUAAAGUUAAGCUGAAUUUUAAAAAUUAAACUUUGAUUAAAGCAUUAAAGAUAAAAUUACUAUAUGUUUAGCCUCCUUAGGUGGAGAUGGAAAUAUUCUUUAAUCUUUUGGAAUCUAAAAACAAAUAAAAGAUUUGGAUUAAAUAAAUGAUAAUUUUAAUGAAUCUUUAAAAUAAUAUGAUACAGAUAAUAAAAAGCUUAAUGAUGCUUAAAUUCUGUUCGAUGAAUUUGCAAAAUAACACUAAGAUCUUAAAGAUAAAGGGUAUUUUGAUAUGGCUUAAGCUAAUAACAUUAAAACCAAUGAUCAUAGAUUAGAUGAAGAACAUGCUCAAUAAAACAUGUAAACUUUACUUACAAGAACUAAAAAUUAAGAAUUCUGUGGAGCUGCUUAAGUAGAAACUAUUGUUACUACUACGACUGAUUGUGCUACUGAUAAAGUUCAAGUAAAAACAGCAGCAUCUUUUGCUAUUUAUGCUGCAAAUUAAUGUAUUAUCCUAGAAGAUUUAUUAAAUGAUUAACCAUCAGAUGCCCAAUAUAAUACCAGAUACAAUGGCUGUGCUACUCAACCUACUGAUUAUUUCAAAGCUAUAUUUUCAUAAAUGACUGAUACAAAAAAUGUAUAAAUUAGAAAUAUAAAUAGAGUAAGAUCUUAAACUGCAGUUUAAAUUAGAAAUUUAUAUACAAAUUUCGUUUAAACAAUUAAUUAAUUUGAAGAUGAAAUCCAAAAUAUAAAGAAUAAUUUUAAAUCUUUAAUUGCUGAAAUAUCUGGUGUUACUGGUAUUGCUGAUAAUGUAAAUUGUUUAUUCUUUGGAUAAAAUAUUUAAAAACUUUUUGAAGGAGUUUGUUAUUCUAUGACACCAAAUUUAUAUACAAAUUGGAAAAUUAUGUAUGUAGUUUGUUUUAGUAAUUA